AUGGCCACCACAACCGCACAGUCCAAAGCCACCUUCGCCGAUCAGGUGGAUACCUACCAGGCUGCCCUAAUUAGCCUCUUCUCCGGCAAGCCAGAGGAAACAGAGGCAGAUCUGUCGAGGCUGUUCACCCCGACAUUCACACAGCGAGGCGAUAGAGCCACCCACGACUUUCCUGCGUGGAUCGGGCACGUUCGCUGGCUCCGUGAAAACUUCCCACCUGGGAGCGUCAACCUGGUCGUCACUCACUUUCUACGAGAAGGAAAUCAACUUGCCGAAAGGCACAUUGGGACGAUGAUAAAAUCGGACGGGACCGUUCUCAGGUCCGAAACGUUCAUGUGGGUGGAGAUUGCGGAGGAUGGGCGUAUGGCUUCGAUUGUAGAAACGGUUAAGGGUCUGGAAGAGGGUCGGCAGAACUAG